AUCGCAUUGCACCAGGGACUUAUCGCGAUCUACCCACCGUCUACUCCACACUUUGUGCAUACCCUUUAAUUCCUCUGAUAAUGGCAAGACCCAAGCGCGCCGUUCUCGCCACUAUCGACAGCACUGUCACGCCGCCGGAUUCCCUGCCUCCGAACCACACGCUUGCGCGCAUCACACGCGCCGAGGGCAAGAACAUCUACGCUGCUGAGCUGCCAGACGGCAAACCCAUGCUUGCAGAGCUCGAGCCAAAGUUCCGCUCAACCGUGUGGAUAAAGCGCGGCAGCUAUGUCGUCGUCGACACGACCGCGUUGGCAGACAGGGAGAACAAACUAGACGGGGAAAUCGUAAACAUAGUCCGGGACGAAAAGGCGUGGAGGAAGAUGAGCUACUGGCCAAAGGAAUUUGCAAAGAAAUCUACGUAUGUCGCGGAUAGCGACGAGGAGGAAUCCACGGUCGGAAAGAUGCCACCCUCGGACUCGGAUGAAGAGUGAUAUGCCCAGCACGCUCACUCUUUAUGCGGAUGGUCGUCUUCGAUGACUCCUUUGGUCACUCCUUCGUACUCCUUUCUCGUUCCCCACCAUACUCCCGCGACCGUAAUCGCCAGUACGCCGACUGCCGUUGCCGAACUCAGAGGUGUACUCGGAUACACAUUCCAUGCCCACUCUUGCGCGCCCCAUAGUGCAUACACCGCGAUCGGGUUGAAACCUGCCUUCCAGAGCAGGAAUGGCGUACACCACGCAAUGUACGCGUAAAACUGGUAGUGCAGGCUUCUUGCGCAAAGC